CCUUGUCCCUUUCAUUUCCUCAUUCUCACUUCUCAUUGGCCUCCACUCAAUUUUUACCCCCCCCCCCCCAAAUAAAAGAAAAAAACUUUGCUUUGGCCGCAACAGUAUCCCACAAUCUCCAUUUUCACUGCUCACAACUCCCCACCUUUGCCUCCUCUCUGUGUUGCUUACACAUAAACAAUAGCAUAGUUCUGUUUCUUCUCUUUGCUUCUGCUUUACCCUAUAAAGAUUCACUCACUUAUAACACUCCCCUUCUCUAUAUCCUCUCUGUUUCUUUUCUCGCUUGAUGGAUUUCAAGUAUUCUUUUUCCAGCUUUAGUCUUUCACUUUAUGAGUUAAGUUUCCGAAUUUUAAUUUGCAUAUAGAUUUUCUUGUUAUUCUGUAUGAUUUUAGAUCUGUUAUGGAUGUCUAAGGCUUUCAAGAUUUGAUACUUCUUUGCUCAUUUAACAAGCCACUUCCCUGCAUUUUUUUACAUCUUUGAGUUGCUCCAUUUCAAAGUGGGAGAGAAGCAAGUUUUUUUUUUUUUAAUCAUGAUGAAUCGGGGACUUCAAGUUCUAUCUCAAACCUCUUACUUACAAACUUGGAAUUGGUUGUUUCAAGAGAGCAAGGGAACAAAAUGGAGUGCUGAAGAGAACAAGUGUUUCGAAAAUGCUCUAGCUUUAUAUGAUACAGACACACCUGACCGAUGGUUUAAAGUGGCAGCAAUGGUUCCUGGAAAAACUGUUGAAGAUGUCAUCAAACAGUAUAGAGAAUUGGAAGAGGAUGUAAGUGAUAUAGAGGCGGGAUUGAUUCCAAUUCCUGGGUAUACCACUGAUUCUUUUAGAUUGGAGUGGGUUAAUGAUAGUCAGGGCUUUGAUGGAAUUAGAAACUAUUACACUCCUGGUGGUAAAAGAGGGUCUGGGUCUCGACCUUCUGAUCAUGAAAGGAAGAAAGGGGUGCCAUGGACUGAAGAAGAACACAGGCAAUUUCUAAUGGGUCUUAAAAAGUAUGGUAAAGGGGAUUGGAGAAAUAUUUCACGCAAUUUCGUGAUGACUAGAACACCAACUCAGGUGGCAAGCCAUGCUCAAAAAUACUUCAUUAGGCAGCUGACGGGUGGGAAGGAUAAGAAGAGGACCAGUAUCCAUGAUAUCACCACGGUUAACAUCCCCGAUACGCCCUCUUCCUCACCGGAUCACAGCAAGCCUUUGUCUCCAAACAAUUCUUCUGCAGUCAUACAGUCACAGCAGCAGUCGAAAGUACCCAGUGUAACAACUAAAGAGCUAUUUGAUUUUGAGUGGAAGCAACAUAAUGAAGGGGUUGCAGCCAUGGUUUUCAAUCAGACAAGUACUGGUAACGCCUUACUCUCCCCCUUGUGUGGGAUUUCUUCAUAUGGAACCAAGCUGGAGGAAAAACAAUUGCCAAGAGGAACACUUCCCAGAUCUCAGUUUGGAUCUUAUAACACUCUUUUCCAGAUGCAGUCAAUGCAACAUCAGUAAAUUCAUGGAGGAAGUGGAAAGAGUUCUCUGACGGCAUUAUUAUGAAUUAAUGAGAUGAAGUUCCAGCCUAACAGUGAUUUUCAGCUAGCUUUGUCCAAGCCACAUGUGUAUAUGUUAUAGAUGCAAACUAGUCCUAGCUAUCACUUGAAAGAGUGGUCUGGUAAGGUGGCUUUUGUGAUUUAUCAUUCAAAUUUGAACCACUGAACCAAAAUAUCUUUGGGGGCUUCUACUAAUAGUAGUCGUGUGUCUGCAUUAUCUGUUUAGAUUGAUUUCAUGCGUUCUAUAGAAUGCCCCCGUGAGGGCCUGUGUCUUCUGCAAAAUGACAGACUGUACUACAAAGGCCAAAAAUUUGAUAAUGGACUCUAAUAAUUCAUGUUUUCCUGGCCACAACUGUGAAUGUGUGAUGUUUUUAUUCGCAUCUUAUCAUAGACAAAGUGAAGAAAUGAAAGGAUGUUCUUUGUUCUUUUA